AUGUUCCAGGAGUCGGGAAUUGGUAAUGGAGAACCCGGAACUCAGAGUUCAAUAUUCGGCAGUAAACAUUCGGUACUCGAUGCUUGGUACCCGACAUUUCAGAACUCGGUCAUCGGGACUCAAUAUCUGGAACUCAGAGUUCAAUAUUCGGAACUCGACACUCGAUAUUUGGUGUUCGGUAAUCGGGUCUCGGCACUCGGGUCUCGAUAUUCGGACCUCGCGUUCGGUAAUUGGGUCUUGGCACUCAGGUCUCAAUGUUCGGACCUUGCAAUCGGGUCUCAGCACUCGGGUGUCAAUACUCGGACCUCAGUAGUUAUGUUCUGGGAGUCGGGAAUCAGUAAUGGAGAAUCCGGAACUCGGAGUUCGAUAUUUGGUACUCGACACUCGGUACCUGACAUUUCAGAACUCGUAUUUGUCCAAUGCAUCCCCGACAUUCCGAUCCCGAUCCCGACGCCCGACCCCGACCCGAAAGUUUCAGACCUGACGUUUUCGCAUCGGACUCGUCCUCCCUAUGUCCUGUCCAGUCAUAUCUACUCCCACUGUAUUAUUACAUGUUUUCUCAUGGAUUUCGGACCCGAAAUAUCGCUACUACUCUCGCCUAUAGCAGUCCAAAUUUCUACAUAG